AUGUCCGACUCCUCGAAUACGUCGAUGAUAAUCGAAGACGUAGACCUUAACCGUGCACUUGAACAAAUCCGAGAAUUGAAUACGGAACUCUCUAUGCACGGAGAUGCUCUGGCACAGGUUGGAGCUUUACAAAAGAGGAUCGCGUCAACAAAGGGACGUGCUCGAGGAUUAGUGAAUAUGGUACGGUUCCAUUCUGUUAUCAGACAUCCUGUAUCUGGAAGUAGCAUUGACCAACGAAUCGCCUAUCUAAGUGACGCAUGGAAGACACACCUAUCCGACAAAGGAGACUAUGAAGACCUAGAAAUUGCCAAAGGAGCUGUAAGCGAUCCAGUGAGGAUCGGACUGCACAAGGACGGUGAUGAAUCAUUCUUUGCCAGAGUGAACAUAUUGAAGGACAAGGUGGCAGAACUGGUACUGCUCGACGAACAAGCUGCUGUAGCUCACAAAAGAGCAACGGCCGAUAAUAAGACAUUGAAUGUGGCUGCAGAUAUGCUCAAGGAGGUGGAAGACCGUCAACGGGAACUUUUGGCUAACAAUGAGCACUGCUUUUCGGAGAAAGCCCUUCCACUGCCCAGCCUUCGACGCGCUCUUGAAGCAAUUGAUGCGAGAUUGAAUUUGAAGGAUACAACAGCCGAGGAGAAGUCGGACUUGAAGAUGCUGGCUGAGGAACUCCGUCUCUUCCUCAAGUUUUUACCUAACAGUGCUUCGGGUACGACGUUGACUCCGCAAUCCAAAGUUACUUCUACGUCAGAACUUCGCACGAGUCUUGCUCCUACUGAAACCACCAAUAGCUCAAGUUUAAUCAGUGGGACUACGGUGCCCACCAAUGAGUCGUUAAGCGGUUUCACAACAUCAACCGGUACAUCGGCUUCGGCCAGUGCAACAAAUGGUUACCAAAUGCAGGCUGACGGUCAAUCACUACCAAACAGCGACUCCAACUCAACAAUGCCUAUUUGA